CUCCCGGCCAACAUCGAGCGCCUGCCUCCUAUAAAAGGGUCGGCAGCUCCGCUCACUGCUACAGUUGGCUUCAGUGCAAGAGGCAAGUGACAGCAGACUACUACCGACAUGAACAAGUACUUGGUGGUGCUGGCCGGCGUGCUGGUGGUGUUGGCCCUGGUGCAGGGUCACCACGAGCCGGGUCACGUGGGCGACGACAGCACCGGUGGCGGCAGUGAAGGGGGCAGCAGCGGCGGCGUCAGCAGCCGCGGGGCCGGCGCCAGCGAUGGCGGCAGCACUGAGGGCGGCCACGUCGGCAUAGGUGGCGACCACUUAGGACACCACGGCGGCGGCAGCGGCCACGACCACGACCACCACGCCUAGGCUGACACCUCACUCCGGUCACGGCCCCUGCAACGGCUCCAGAUGACCACACAGCUCGUACAUCUAUCCGAGUCCCCUUUUCCUUUCAAUCCGUAAAACCUUCUUUCAAUUUGGAUACACUGUAAUAAUGACCGAAAUCAAUUUUUCAGUACUAUAAUAAAGCUUCAGUUGUUAGUUUAA